CUGUGAAUCGUUAUGUGUGUACAGUUUACACAGACUUAAUUCUGCAUAUUUAUUUUGUAAGCUACAUAAAAUAGUAGGAAAUAAAGGUUUUUUUCGCUAAGAGGAUAGUUCCUAAAUCGAUUCUCGAAUUGUUUGACCUCUGGCAGAUUUGAGGAUGUUACGACGUCCAAAACCCACAGAUUCCGAAUCGGACCUGCUCCGAGAACAGGAGCAGUUUUUAUCCUCAGGGACUCAGUCGGCUGUAAACAUAGUGAGGCGACCAGAUAAGCGCCGAGGGGACAUCGCUUCUGAUGACAGUGAGAAGUCUCUGGGAAAUCAAAGAGAUGUAGUGACAAUACCAGAUUUCCCUGAUCAGCUUCCCACACUGACACCUGCCCCUCCCAAAAAGUCACGUUUCAAGAAGGAGCGAGUGUGUUUUGAGGAUGAGGAUCCAGAGGAGCUACUGGACAGACAUGACACCCAUAUCAGUGCUGUCCUCUCCAGAAUUAUUGAAAGAGACACUAGUGCUGUACCAGUAUCAUUCCCAGCCUUCACAGGCACAGCUUUUCCCAAAGUCCUGCAUCGAUCUACAAUCCAGACACAGGUAAUGGCACCCAGAGGCAAAAAAAGUAUUUUUGCUAGUCAAAUUGCUGCGCAGAAUGCUAAAGUAAGAGGUGCAGAAUCACAGAAGGAUCCACUGGUCAGCACACCUCAGGCCUCUGGAUCCAGCCAUAUUGUCCUGGGUACUGUUGAUGGUCCAUUGCUGCUCUCAGGUGAGGGUCUAGGUCCAGAUAAGGCUGAGCAAACUCUAAAGAUCCACCAGGAGAACCAGACCAGGCUGCAGGGAAUGUCUCACUCUGAGAUCCUGGAGGAACAGAAGUUGCUGUUGGCCCAAUUAGAUCCAAGACUGGUGGACUUUGUUAGAUCACGAAAGUCUCAGAAAGCCUUAUCACCAGUAUCCCCACCUCCCCAAAGAGAGGUGUGUCCUGACCAGCCAGAGAGCAAAACUGUACAGCCUCAGUGUGCGAAGCCACAACUAGACUCUGAGGUGGUCCUGAUGAUGGGAGAUGAAGAGGAUGAGACGAAACCUGCAGUUCAUCCUGCAAUCACCAUGGAUGAGCUACCAGUGAAGCCCCAGAAGGAGUGGCUUCAUAUGGACAAACUGGAGCCUGAGAAACUGGAAUGGAUGAAGGAUUUGCCUGCCCCUAGAAGGCAGGGCACCAAAAAGGCUAUGCAGGCCCGUUUCGACUUUUCUGGCACUCUUAUCCCACCUGCAGAAGACCUGCCCGUUCAUCUUGGCCUACAUCACCAUGGAGAUGAGCCAGAGCUGGCAGGAUACUCACUGCAGGAGAUUUUCCUCCUCUCACGCAGUAAGCUGACGCAGCAGCGGAGUCUGGCUCUCAACACCCUGGCCCAUAUUCUGUCCAAGGCUCAUGCUGGGGAGUACUCCACGUGCCUGAGUGGCAGUGUGCUGGCCUCCCUCUUGGAUGCCGGUCUCCUUUUCCUUCUGCGCUUCUCCCUGGACGACAGCGUGGAGAGUGUGAUGUCAGCGGCCGUGCGGGCGCUUCGAGCGCUGCUGGUCUCCCAUGAGGAUGAGGAGUGUCUCGAUGCCACAUUCCAUUGGCUGCUGGGGACAGCAGUUUUCCCCCUGAUUCCCCCUGUGCAUGAGGAGGAAGACGAAGAGGAUGAAGAAGGUCUGGCUAAGUCCAAGAAGGAAAUGACUAAAGAGAGAGAGGAGAGGAAGCUGGACCAUGACGUUGCUCGGCAGGACAUUGUGAAGGCUUUGCUGAAGAUGCAGCUCCUGCAGCGACUGCGGUACAUUUUGGAGGUAGUGCGGCCUGUGCCGCGCACCGUUCUCGAUGUUCUGGAGAUUCUGAUCCGAAUUGCUCGCCACUCCACCUUUGCUGCUACUCAGAUCCUUGACUGCCCCCGGUUGAUGGAAACUGUGAUAUAUGAGUUCCUGCCUUGCACAUGGACUCCGACAUCCUCCCCAUACCCACCCUCUUUAUAUGGGUUGCCUGUUUCCACAGUGAUGAAGCUUCUCCGGGUUUUGUCGAGUACUGGGAGGCAUGUGUGUGCCAGAAUACUCAACUCUUUAGGGGGACGGAGGUGCUUGUCUCGGUUCUUAGCAAUGGAACCUUCGGUGCUGCUUUUAGAGCCAGGGGAAGCUAUUUGUUGCAGCACAGAGGCACUGAGGUUGUGGGCAGUGUCUGCCAGCUAUGGCCAGGCCAGCAAGCUUUACAUAGAUCUGUACCCAGUGCUGGUGAAGACACUGCAGGCUGCACAGAAGCCCUGUGGUCCCUCCGAGCCCCUCCAACUCCUGGAGCUCCAGCGCAUAACCGCCCUGCUGUCGCUUCUCACGCAGGUCACCCAUACUGCUGGCUGCCACGAGGAGCUACAGAGUGCCUUGCUCAGCUCUCAGGGUACAGAGAAUCUUCCCCCUCCUCCAGUGACGUGGGGUCACGUGACUGGCUUGCAGCCCACUGUGACCGGUUUGCUGAAAGGCUGCAUGAGAGCCUUGGAUGACCCAGGUCAGAGGUCAAGUGCCUUGACCCUGCUGCCGUGCUACCUGGUCUGCAUGGGGGCAUAUUACUCCCAGCUCAGUGUGCAAAACUCUUUCCAGCCAGUGCAGUGUCUCCAGGAACUAGAGUCUCUGACCUCAGAGGUGCUCAACCCACUCAUUGCUCAUCAGGCCAUGCACAUCAUGACAGAGCGCCUCAGAUCCAGCUCGAUCAUCUGUCAGCCUGUGUUAAGGGCUCCCAGCCCAGUGGCGGUCCCCAGCCUGCCGAGUCUGGGCUGCUGCAGGGCUCAGAGCGCCCGUGGCCUGGUCGCAUCUGAAUCACCUCUUCCUCUCUUUACUGCUCUCUUCUACCUGCUGGACAACCUUACGUCCAUUCACAGAGGCCUAGCCAAGAAUUUCAGCCCUCUCCUCCUUGCCAAACCCAUGUUGGCUUACCUGCGGUGCUGUGUUGGGGUGAUGCCCUCUGUGUCGCACACCAGCGCCUGGCUUCUACGUCAUGAGCACCACAUGCUCUACCUGCUUCUCCGGUUGGCCCACAGACUGGUUCCUGUGGACCCAGAGGUGGCCAAGCACGCUCCUCUGUUCCAUCAGGUGGCCUUGGCGCUGCUCUCCUGGCUGCUGCCUGGAAGUGAAUAUCUGGUGCACAAGCUCGUGUCCACUAUUGUCUUCAGUCACAUUCUCCUUCCGGAAGGUGCGACUGGGGGUCCUGAAGCAGCUACACUGGCAGAGCUGCAACUCCAGGAGAAGUUCACUCCGCUGACUGGCCUGGGGGCCCUCCUCCGCGAUGCCCUCUCCCACCUCCCCUCUAUCCGUGGCUGCUACCUCACCCACCUUGCCCACAUGGAGCAAGCUGUGCUCUCCUCUGCUGACCGCCACCUUGGCCGCAACCCAUGGCUAACCUCGCAGCUCCUCCCUGAGCUCACGGGCCCCUCCAUGCCCUCUGAUUGGCCCUUCCUGCCGCUUGUCAGCCUGUACGAGCAGGCGGGCGUACGGCAGGGUGGUGGGCUGCAGGUGGUGGCCCUGCCUGCCGGAGCACUGCAGUCGGUCGUGUACUGCCUGCAAUGGUUGCUGCUUCUGGAGAGCUGGAGAGAGCAGGCGCUGAAGACCGUGCCAGCCGGGGCAAAGCUGGCCCGUCUGGCUUGCAUCUUUCUGUGCUCCAGCGACCUCUUCCUGGAGCAGCCUGUGCAGGAGCUGACCUGGGCGCUGCUACGUGGGCUGACACAGUCCGGACGGUUGGAAGCCAUAGACUUGGGCACGCCUCCGCCUGGCCUGGCUUCCUUCCAUGACCUGUACGUGGCGCUGUUGGCCCAGUAUGAGGCCGUAUCAUUCGGUGACGCCCUCUUCGGUUGUUUCUUGCUUCUGCCACUGCAGAGAUGCUUCAGUGCCACCAUGAGGCUCGCCUUGUUCGGGGAGCAUGUGGGAAUAUUGCGCUCACUCUGUGUCUCCCUAGAGCAACUGCCCGUCCCUCUGGAGAGCUUCACCAAUCCACCAGAGGACUCGCUGCCCCUGCUAGGUCUCUACUUCCGCAGCUUGGUCACUGGGGCCUUGCGGAGUGACCGGUGUCCUGUGCUGUACUCUGUGGCCAUUGCCCACCUCAACGCCUUUGUUUUCUCCCAGGACGCUGUGUCGCAGGAGGUGGAGGCUACACGCAGGAGCCUGCUGAGAAAGACUUAUUACCUGACAGAUGAGGUGCUGAGGAACCACCUGCUGCUCUUCCGUCUGCCUGAGCAGCACAAUCCACUGGGCUUCAGCACCUAUGAACAGCUGCCAGCCGUCCGCGCGCGCUGGCUCCACAGCAUAGCGGGGCCUGAGGAGGGGAGUGGCAGACACAGGUGAACAAGCUGCUGAUGGCCUGUGUCUGGAGAAGCUACAAUAAACAACACAAGCACAGACUGUGAAAAUAAAUUUUCAUAGGAAUACACAGAGGGGAUGUUGUGUUCAUUCUUAAAUUGCAUAUUCUCAGUAAAAUGAAAUUUUAAUUGUGUCUCAGGUUGGUAUUCUGCAGGUAUGUUCAGUACUAAAGAGAAAGAGUCCAGGAGCAAGGCAGAAACAAAUGUUUCACUAAUUUUGUGCUGUGGAAGAUCUCUGGAAAAAGAUUCCUGCAGCCAACAAGAAAUUAAUGUGUCCCUGGGACAGAUGGUAUGUGUAAGGAGUGGAAUAGAGAAUUUUGUAUUUCUUAUUCCUCUUAAUAGCUUGAGAGGCACAGUCAGCAUGCUUUUCUCUUUCCUCUAUUCAUCAGUGCAUGAGUCACUGAGAAACCAGCACCACGUGCACUUCACUUAAAUUACUAGUGGCUAGGUAAUUACCUGUGCAAAAAAAGGCCAGAUCUACCAUAUAGGGGGCCUGGGCAAUUGUCUAGGAGCACUAGAAGGUCACUCACGAUAAAUAAACAAAAUAAUAAAUAAUAAAUAAAUUAAAUUUGAAUUGCAUGUUAACAUGAUUUGUUUAUUGCAUAUUUAUGUUCAGUUCAUAUUAGGUUUACCAGUCAGUGUAAAAAUCUAGCUGUAAAUAUCCAAUAAGCCAAGGUGUCGUUAUUGUGUAUGUCUUUGUUGGAUUAGCAUGUAAAACAUGGAUAAAAGGCAUUGCUUCAGUGGAUGUACCAAAUGGGAAAAAUAAAGAGACAAACUAUUGAGCAACAGAGCAUAGAAUCCACAAAAAAUCAAUGAGAGUGAUCAGGAGUAGUACUUUGUUUGGUAGCCAUGCUAACAUGAUGUUCUUAUGUUAGGUGAUUAACAGUGGAUGAGCCAUGUGUGUAAUUUGGAGAUGUUUAAGAGUGGUUUUAGGUUUGUACAAUCUGUGGGGAUGGGGCACCCUAACUACAGGCGCACCAAGUGAUCUUAAUCUAGCCCUGUGUGUAUAUGUGUGUGUAUUGGAGAGAAUGAUGUAAUGGAUGUUAAAAAAUACAAAACAAAACCAGCAGUCAAAUGUCAUGCUGACCAUGUCAUGUCAGUCCCACAAAGAAGCAUUUGGGGUGCUAGUUCACAUAUAUGACUCAUUCUCAAAGAGGGCUUAGUAUUAAUAGACUAUGGCAUCUAAAAUUGAUGCUGUGGGCCUCUGAAGAGGGAAAUGUACUUCCCAACUUACAGCCCUUCCUUCAGAGGUUCAGAAAUGUCAGUUCAGAGGCAGCCACUUUGGUCCUCAGAUUGGUGGCACACUGGUGCGCUGUCGAGCUUCCUUCCUGUGCUGGCUUGAUUGUUACAUCCUCUUAAUUUUUUUAGAGCGAAGGAAAAUAGAAAGUCUCCCUCAGGAAUACUUUGCUAGCCAGCAGAAGACAAAAAGCCCUCCUGUGAGCAAUGCUAAUAGUUGUCACACUGCUCAGCUGACAUCUGUUCUAGAUUGUCUUGCUGGUAGGGGCCACUAAGUUCCUCUGGAUGAUGCAGCUUCCCUGGUAGAAUAAAACAAACUUUUUUCCUGAUGUUAUCCUCCAGUUGUUUGAGACUCUGGUUUGGGAUUGAAUGGACCAUUAAAGUCUUUCCCUGUGCAAA